CGCGUUAACCACGCCCCCGCGUCCCGCCCCCUCCCGCCGCGCCUGCGCUGCGCGGAGCCGCCUCAUCCCCUGCGGGCGGGCGCGGGGCGGUACUAACGGUGCGGGGCGCUGCCGCAGCAGGACACGCAGGCGGACCCAGCCCGCGCCGGCACCAUGGGCUCCAAGCAGAUCGCCCAGGAGACGUUCGAUGAGGCGGUGCAGGAGAACAUCACCGAGUUCGAGAUGGAGCCCGAGGAGGCCGUGAGAGAAGCCGUGCUGCAGUUCGAGGCCCAAGGUGUGGACCUGAGCAAUAUUGUGAAGGCUGUGAGACCUCCUGCCUCUGAGAACGGGCAAAGGCAAAAGCACCAAAUCCUGCUGACCCUGGAGGGCCUGGCCAGGGCCGUGGCCGAGCAGGACGUGGCGCAGCUGCCGCAGCAGCUGGCGGCGCUGGCGGCGCAGUGCAAGGAGCAGCUCGCCUUCCGCUGCCUGGCCGGCCGCAACGGCGCCUACGCCGCGGUGCUGUCGGCGUGCCAGCUGGCCGCGGGGGACAGGCAGCUGCUGCUGCAGGCCCUGGCCGCGCUGGCCGCCCUGCUGGACGGGCAGCCGGACCUGCUGGACGCGGCGGGGCGGGAGCUGCUGCUGCAGAGCCUGCGGGAGCGGCGCGGGGACACCGAGGUGGCGCUGGCCGGGAUCCGCUGCGUGCGCCACGCCUGCCUCAAGCACGAGCACAACCGGCAGGCCUUGGUGCGGGCCGGCGUGCUGCCCCUGCUCACCGGGGCCAUCACCGGCGCCCUGCCCCGGCACGGCGGCGCCGCCGAGCUCGUCAGGAGCGCGGCCUCGGCCCUCAGGGUCAUGACCUUCGACGAUGACAUCCGAGUGCCCUUCGGGCACGCCCACGACCACGCCAAGAUGAUCGUGCUGGAGAACGACGGGCUGAGGGUCCUCAUCGAGGCUGCGAAAGCCUUCAGGGAUAACUCUGCGGUUCUCAGCGAGCUCUGCGCCACCCUCUCCCGCCUCUCGGUCAGGAACGAGUUCUGCCAGGAGAUCGUGGACCUGGGGGGCUUGAAUGUCAUGGUGACUCUGCUGGCCGACUGCAUGGAGCACCCUGACGUGGUGAAGCAGGCGCUCAGCGCCAUCCGCGCCGUGGCCGGCAAUGACGACGUCAAGGACGCCAUCGUGGACGCCGGGGCCACCGAGCUCAUCGUGCUGGCCAUCAGCCACCACCUGGGCAACCCGCAGAUCUGCGAGCAGGGCUGUGCCGCCCUGUGCAUGCUGGCCCUGCGCAAGCCCGACAACUGCGGCGUCAUCGUGGAGGGCGGCGGCGCCCUGGCGGCCCUGCAGGCCAUGAAGGCUCACCCGCGGGAGGUGGCUGUGCAGAAGCAGGCGUGCAUGCUGAUCCGGAACCUGGUGUCGCGCAGCCGGGAGCUGUGCGGGCCCAUCCUGGCGCUGGGGGCCGAGGUGCUGAUCGCCGAGGCGCGCGCCGCCCACCGCGACUGCGACGACGUGGCCAGGGCGGCGCUCAGGGACCUGGGCUGCCAGGUGGAGCUGCGGGAGCUGUGGACGGGCCAGAGGGGCGGCCUGGCCCAGUGAGGCUCCUGGAGCAGCAGCAGGGAGGGUGCAGGGUGCCCGAGCACCGGGCCUGGCGGAGGCGGCCUUGGGUGGACCCUGCCCAUGGGUGGAUCUGCCUUGGAUGGACCCUGCCCGUGGAUGGUCCUGCCUUGAAUGGAUCUGCCCAUGGA